GGCGCUUUGCUAGGGGGUGGGCGGAGCCGGAGGCGGUUGGAGGGAGAGGAGGAGUCAGUUGGCACUGAGGCUUACACACAGAAUCAGGCACCGGGAGAAGCCGGCCCUCCCAGCCCGUCACAGCCUCACCUCCCCGGCGGCUGUGCUCACUGUGACACCGCUACAGGCCUCAGGACACUGACCUCCGGGCCCAGGGAGCCGAUUCCCGCACAGCCGCUCCACACAGCGACCUGGCAGAGGCGAGCCAGGCCGCCCCCACACCCCACCCUCCAUCCUCCUCCCUGCGGGGUCCACACAGACCUGUAUUGAUGGUGUAGAGCUUCGGGGGAGGUGGCGUAUUUGUGCAGUAAACUUGCAUUUGCCAUUUCCUUGGAAACUACCCUGAAAUAAGAUCACAGAGGGUAAUCACUUAAGCAGACACAUUCUGGGAUACAGAGAGCAAUAAGUAAAGGGUCUCCAUGCAGACUUCCUGCUUCCGAGGCAACCCUUCACUCCAAGAAUAGCCCUAUGGUGUCAUGAGCUCUUUGAAGCGCUGGGGUUGUUGGAGUGGUCCAAUUUUUCCUGGAAUUGCGUGAUAAAUUCAGAAGACUGAAGCCCAGGCUCACUGUCUACCUUUCACGGAGGCCCAGCCGUGAGAGGACAGAAGAAGGCACGUGGCGAAUCAUGACGGCCGACAAAGAGAAAGAUAAAGACAAGGACCGAGAUCGGGAAAGGGAAAAACGAGACAAGACCCGCGAUGGGGAGAAUUCCCGACCACGGCGCAGCUGUACACUGGAAGGCGGUGCCAAAAACUACGCAGAGAGUGAUCACAGUGAGGAUGAGGAUAAUGACAAUAGUGGCAUAACGGCAGAAGAAGCUGCCAAGAAAAACAAGAAAAAGCUGCCAAAGAAAAAGUCCCGUUACGAAAGGGCCAACAAUGGGGAGAUCACAUCUUUCGUCACUGAAGAUGAUGUGGUAUACAAGCCAGGAGAUUGUGUAUAUAUUGAGAGCCGAAGACCCAACACUCCAUACUUCAUAUGUAGCAUUCAGGACUUCAAACUGAGUAAGCGAGACCAUCUUCUGAUGAAUGUUAAGUGGUACUACCGCCAGUCAGAGGUCCCGGAUUCUGUAUACCAGCACUUGGUACAAGAUCGGCACAAUGAAAAUGAUUCUGGCCGGGAGCUGGUUAUCAGCGACCCUUUGAUCCGGAAUAGAGAGCUCUUCAUCUCUGAUUACGUGGACACUUACCAUGCAGCUGCUCUCAGGGGCAAGUGCAACAUCUCCCAUUUCUCAGACAUUUUUGCUGCUCGGGAAUUUAAAGCCAGGAUAGACUCAUUCUUCUACAUCCUGGGAUACAACCCAGAGACCAGGAGGCUGAAUAGCACCCAAGGGGAAAUACGUGUGGGACCAAGUCACCAGGCCAAGCUCCCUGAUUUGCAGCCUUUCCCCUCCCCUGACCUUGAUUCCAUUACCCAGCAUGAAGAGCUGGUGUGGAUGCCUGGUGUUAAUGACUGUGACCUGCUUAUGUACCUGAGGGCAGCCAGGAGCAUGGCUGCCUUUGCAGGGAUGUGCGAUGGUGGCUCUACAGAAGAUGGUUGUGUUGCUGCAUCUCGUGAUGAUACUACACUCAAUGCACUUAACACACUUCACGAAAGCAACUAUGAUGCUGGGAAGGCAUUACAGCGUUUGGUUAAGAAGCCAGUUCCCAAGCUGAUAGAGAAGUGCUGGACAGAAGAUGAAGCGAAACGGUUUAUCAAAGGAUUAAGACAGUAUGGAAAGAACUUCUUCAGAAUUCGAAAAGAAUUGCUUCCCAAUAAAGAGACGGGGGAACUUAUUACCUUUUAUUACUAUUGGAAGAAAACUCCUGAAGCGGCCAGCUCCCGAGCCCACCGCAGGCAUCGCAGGCAGGCAGUUUUCCGCCGGAUCAAAACUCGCACUGCCACCACCCCUGUAAACACUCCCUCCCGACCACCAUCCAGCGAAUUCUUGGAUCUUAGCUCAGCCAGUGAAGAUGACUUUGACAGCGAGGACAGUGAGCAGGAGUUAAAGGGUUACGCUUGUCGCCACUGCUUUACCACCACUUCUAAGGACUGGCACCACGGGGGCCGGGAAAACAUCCUUCUCUGCACGGAUUGCAGGAUUCAUUUUAAAAAAUACGGCGAGUUACCCCCUAUUGAAAAGCCUGUGGAUCCCCCACCAUUCAUGUUCAAACCUGUGAAGGAGGAAGAGGAUGGUCUUAAUGGAAAGCAUAGUAUGAGAACCCGGAGGAGUAGAGGCCCGAUGUCUACACUACGCAGCGGGCGCAAGAAGCAGGCGGCCAGCCCAGACGGCAGAGUCUCCCCUAUAAAUGAAGACAUCCGUUCCAGCGGCCGAACCUCUCCAAGUGCUGCCAGCACAUCCAGUAAUGACAGCAAAGCGGAGUCCCUCAAGAAGCCAUCAAAGAAGAUUAAGGAGGAACCUUCAUCCCCCAUGAAGAGUGCCAAACGUCAGAGAGAGAAGCCAGCAUCCGACACAGAGGAGACAGACCGGGCCAUGGCAAAGAAAUCUAAAACACAAGAGAUCAGUCGGCCAAACUCCCCAUCAGAAGGAGAAGGAGAUGGUGAGGGUGAAGGAGAGAGCUCAGACAGUCGCAGUGUUAAUGAUGAGGGCAGCAGUGAUCCUAAGGACAUUGACCAGGAUAAUCGCAGCACGUCUCCCAGCAUUCCAAGUCCCCAAGACAAUGAGAGUGAUUCAGACUCCUCAGCUCAGCAACAGCUGUUACAACCACAGAAUGGAACUUCAGCCAUGGUCCCUCCCGCUGUGUCUCCAGGCCCUCUUCCACCAGUUGUCCCUCCACCUCACAUCAUUGCCCCCGGUCAAAUAUCACCAUCUCCAUCACUACCUCCUUCCCAGCCUCCUCAGCCUCCGUCACUUUCACUCGUUCAAGCACCCAUUUUGCACCCUCAAAGACUUCCCUCUCCACACCCAGCAAUACAAGCCCUUCCUGGGUCUCAAGGGGAGCCACAGCCUCCUAUUCCUGCACAAAUACAUCCGCAAUCUCCCCACCAUGGGGCAGUAGCCUCUUUACCACACAACAUGCAGCCACAUCCCAUAUUACAGUAUCCAGGUUCCUCCCCACCUCAGUCCUGUCCUGCUCAGGUCUCCCCAGUGCCACAAACGCCAUGUCAUAUUUUCCCUCACAAUACUCAGGGACCACCAAAUGCCCAGCCUGCUCUUCAAACACCACCUCAGCCUCCGCGUGAGCAACCUUUGCCCCCAGCACCUAUUACCAUGCCUCAUAUAAAGCCACCUCCCACCACCCCUAUACCUCAGACACCUACACAAUCUCAUAAACAUCCGCCUCAUUUACAAGGUCCCCCUCCAUUCUCUCUGAAUUCCAACUUGCCACCACCUCCUGCUCUUAAGCCCCUUAGUUCACUGCCUGCCCAUCAUCCGCCUUCUGCUCAUCCUCCUCCCCUGCAGCUUAUGCCUCAGAGCCAGCAACUUCAAGCUACAGCAGCACAACCACCAGUCCUGACUCAAAGCCAAAGCCUUUCCCAGACACCGGGGCACCCUCAAUCAGGACUACAUUCCAUACCUCCUCAGCCUUCCUUCUCACAGCACUCUUUUAUACCUGGAGGCCCAUCGUCUAUUACUCCGCCAACGUGUGCCCCCGCUCCUACCCCAUCUUCCUUGUCAUCGGCAUCACCAAAUCUUCAGCCUCCUCCCCCUGUUGCGACCUCUGCUGCAACUUCUGGUGUCUGCAUUCCUGUGGUAUCUCAGUCACCCAACCCUCAACCUCUGCUGCCAAUACAGAUUAAAGAAGAGGUACCUGAUGAAAUUGAUGAACCUGAAAGUCCUCCUCUUCCUCCACGGAGUCCAUCUCCAGAGCCUACUGUGGUGGAUGCACCCAGUCACGCCAGCCAGUCUGCAAGGUUCUACAAACAUCUGGAUCGUGGCUACAACUCAUGUGCUAGGACUGACCUCUACUUCAUCCCACUGGGUGGCUCCAAACUGGCAAAAAAGAGGGAAGAAGCUGCUGAAAAAGUAAAGAGGGAAGCAGAGCAAAAAGUCCGCGAAGAGCGAGAACGGGAAAAAGAAAGAGAAAAGGAAAAGGAGAGGGAACGGGAGCGUGAGAGAGAAGCAGAAAGAGCGGCGAAGGCUUGCAGUUCCCAUGAAGGACGGCUUGGAGACACCCAAAUGGGAGGACCAGGGCAGAUGCGGCCAUCCUUUGAACCACCAACAACCAUAGCUGCUGUUCCACCUUACAUUGGACCAGAUACACCUGCGCUACGUACCCUGAGUGAAUAUGCUCGACCACACGUCAUGUCUCCCACUAAUCGUAAUCAUCCAUUCUUUGUCCCUCUUAACCCCAAUGACCCUCUUCUGGCUUACCACAUGCCAGGCUUGUACAAUAUGGACCCUAAUCUUCGUGAACGGGAAUUACGUGAGCGGGAACUCAGAGAACGGGAAAUCCGUGAGAGGGAGCUGCGGGAGAGAAUGAAACCUGGCUUUGAGGUGAAGCCACCUGAACUGGAUCAACUCCAUCCCGCUGCUAACCCCAUGGAACAUUUUGCUAGACAUGGUGCACUCACCAUGGCCCAAACGGCAGGCCCACAUCAUUUUGCUGCUUUCCAUCCUGGUUUAAACCCACUUGAUAGAGAGAGACUGGCUCUGGCAGGACCACAACUACGGCCAGAAAUGAGUUACCCUGAAAGACUGGCAGCUGAGCGGAUACACGCGGAGCGCAUGGCAUCACUUGCUAAUGACCCUUUAGCCCGGCUGCAGAUGUUCAACGUCACGCCUCAUCACCACCAACACUCGCACAUACAUUCACACCUCCAUCUUCAUCAGCAGGACCCAUUACAUCAGGACUGCUGCUGUAACUCUAAGUCUUGGCCGGGCAUGGCUGAAAACGGGACAUGUGUUCCAGUCCACUUUCCUGAGUACAUGGAAUGUCUUCGUAGACUGAAUAGUAAAAGUAGCUGCUGUUCAGCCGGUCCUGUUCAUCCACUGGUUGACCCACUGGGAGCUGGACCUCACUUAGCACGCUUCCCGUACCCUCCUGGGGCCAUCCCCAACUCUUUGCUGGCACAACCACCUCACGAACACGAAAUGUUACGACACCCAGUUUUCGGUGCCCAUUACCCCCGGGACUUACAAGCAGGUCUCCCUCCACCAAUGUCUGCUGCUCACCAGCUACAGGCUAUGCAUGCACAGUCAGCUGAGCUACAGAGGUUGGCAAUGGAACAGCAGUGGUUACAUGGUCACCCCCACAUGCAUGGUGGCCACUUACCCAGCCAAGAAGAUUACUACAGUCGCCUGAAAAAAGAAGGGGACAAGCAGUUGUAACACAGAUGAUUCAGGACCUCUUCCUCCCUUCCAGCUCCCUUUGGAGAGUCAGACUCCACACAACGGGUCCCUAGAGGCUGCCAGAUUCCUCCUAUAUUUAAGACUUGUCAUAUACGUUAUCUGUAAAGAAGACUCCUCAACACCAGACUGGCAGUCCCUUGCAUGACGCAUUCUUCCCCCAGCCUCGGGAGGGAGCAGGUUUGGGGAGAGGUGGGGACAACAUUGCACAUUUGACAACAGAUUGAACACCUCAUACUCUGGAGAUGCUACCCCCAUAUAUUACACACUGUGUGUAACUGAAGCCGGAUGCUUGGUAAACAAAGUGACAUAAUCCGCCAGCACUCUUGGACCUCCUGUGCUGUGACACAGAUUAUUCCUUUAUUUUAUUACGUCAGCAGGAGACCUGAGUCAUUGUACAAAGUUGCCCCAGUCUGUCCACAUCCUGUAAAUACAUUACAAGUAAGGACUAGGGGAAUGGUAUCCGCAAACAUCCUUUCUGUUCCUGUCCCUGCAUCGCAGUUACUACCUGUGAAUUCCCUUUAACCUCUUCAUUGCCACUGGGACCUGUGACAUUAAACCUAUGGCAGCAAAGUGGUUAAGAACUUAAGAGAAUAUAACCACAGAAAUACUCAGUUUUACCAAUGUGUCAUUGGUAAAGCCAAAAUCACAAACCCGUGUUUCGUUCUUUAACAACCAUCUCCUGCUGGUUUCCCUGCUUACACCACAGCAUCAAUGUCUGAACCUGAAUAGUCCACAUUCAUAAUUGUUGUAAAGGAAGAAUCUGGUUUUCCUCUGUUGCAGAAUGUGGGUGAUAUCUGAAGAGAGGAAUUCCCUGUUGUGUUUUUUGUUGUUGUUUUUUUUCUUUGUCCUAAUUUGCGUGUCUCACUUGUAGAUAGGGGCUACAGCGUUUUAAGUUGUAGAGGCAAAACGCACACAGGCUUGUGCGUAUCUUCACUUUAUAGCAUUAAAGUUUCUGCAGGGUUAGAACUUUUAUUAUUUAAUUUAUAAGGAAAGCCUCCUAUAUUUUAGUGUUUUGGGUCCUGCUAUACUUAAUGCCAAGGGUUUUAUUUGUACAGAUUCUAUUUAACCUGGGCUGUUUUGUUUUUUCGUUGUUGGUUGUUUUUCUUUUCUUUUUUUUUAUGUUGUGUCAUUUUUUUUGUUUGUAUGUUUCAUCUACUUGUAUCCUCUGUCCCGCAAGCGGCAGGCCUUUAACACAAUAAAAGCACUUUGGAUGUGCGGAUAAGAGACAUGAAGGUAUAUACUUAGUAAGUGCUUGUCCACCAUGUGAUGUGUCAGAGGGUGGGAGAUGCACAAGGCUGCCUAAUUCAUGCUACAACUCAAUGUGCUGCUCAUGCAGACGGCUGUUGUUGUAAAACAGUUGUCCAGACGCUGAAGAAAAUUCUCUUCCACUGAGUAUCCCAGCAAACUCAUUUCCCAAAUCCAGGCACCACUCCUACCAUACCGACUGUUAAUCUCUUGGCAGCAAGCUUCUCAGGGCUGCAGCAGAUGACAAGGCAUAAAGGUCAGUGUCAAGCACCUCUUCACUUCAUAAUUGGUCCUCUGGUUCCUCAAUGGUGACCGACAAAAAAAGGGACCUCUUUACAAUGCCUGCACGGCAGUGCUGACGCUGUUAGUACUGAGUAACGAAGUUCCAUCAGCAAUUAUGCUGGGCAAAAGAGUGCCACUUCUCUCCCUUACACCGCCUAUAUUUGUUUAAUCAAGAAGCGUCUGGAUAGCAAAAUAUGGACAUCCUUCACAUAGGUCAUACACAAGGCAUUACUACUUCCAUUCUUGCAAUAGUAUUUUACACUACAAUGAAGAAUAUAUCUGAAGAUCUGAGUGUUGGCUAUAUUGGCUGUUCUCUCUUUUAAUGUAUAAAUAAGUUUUGCUUAUUACCUUCCAAUCCCACAAGUGUCGGGGUGCUUAACAACUUUGCCCUUGCUGGCUGUUUUGUGUACAGCCUGUUCGGCGUUGAGGAGACCUGCAGUAAAUUGGGCACUAGGACCUCCCCAGCACUGAAGGGCUAGAGCUUUUACUGCCAUAGGGCCUGGUGACACACGGUCUCACCAUGCUGGCAGGAAAAGAGUUGAGAAGUUGACUGUUGUCUCUUUCGGUUAUUAUUUGUUACUUUUUACCACUCCACUUUGUUUCGUUCUUUCCUAUUUUUGUAACUUCGGACGUACUUCGUUCAAUGUGUAAAACUGUAAAGCUAAUUGUUUCAUGGCGCCAUUUAGCAGAAUGUACAUCCAGACUGCUCCAUUUCUAUAUAUAUCUUGAAGAUUUUAAUGUAUAUAGGAGUAGUUUGCCAUGGGGGUAGAAACCCAGAAAUUCGUGACUUCUGUGUUUUCUCCAUUUUGAGUAUUUUGUAAUUUUUUGGGAAAUAUUUGUGGACAUAAACAAUAAAGCAAGCUACACCACAGAA